CUUAUAUCAAUGGAUUGAACGACGUUGACAAAAGAUUAGAGGCUAUUGGACGAUUAAAGUCCAUUGCUCCGAUUAGAAAUGAUGGCGAAUAUAAUCUUAAAGCUGCUGGCGCCGAGUACCAGGAGAACGAUGCAGAACAUCUUAUCUCAGUCCAGAGCAACUCAUAAUGCUGUUGGUAACAAAAGAGCGGAGGGAAGUCAUCCAGAGGCACAUGACGAUGUUCUCUUCGAAGAGAUCGGUGAGAGCGGACUGAUAACCUUGAACCGUCCAAAAGCCCUGAACGCCUUGAACCUCUCAAUGGUGAACAAAAUCCACCCUGUCCUGAAACAAUGGGAAUCAUCGAAGAAUCUGGUUGUAGUGAGAGGUAAUGCGCAGGCUUUCUGUGCUGGGGCGGACGUCAAGUUCUACUUAGGGUCCAUCAACGAUGCUGAACCUCGAGAAGGAACCUAUGAAUUCAUACGAAACGAGUACGAACUCAUGUACAUCAUUCGUUCGUUUGAGAAGCCUUACGUGGCUCUGAUCCAUGGGAUAACUAUGGGAGCUGGUGUUGGUCUCUCGAUUCAUGGUAAAUAUUCCAUUGCCACUGAGAAAACUGUCUACGCAAUGCCAGAGACUGCGAUAGGAUUUUAUCCCGAUGUUGGUGGCACGUAUUUUCUUCCUCGUUUGCGUGGACAACUGGGAUUCUAUUUGGGACUCACUGGGCGCAGGUUGAAGGGAGUUGAUGUCAAACUCGCUGGCAUUGCCACACAUUACGUUCAGUCCUCUAAACUCGAAGAAUUGACUGAUGCUCUACUCAAGUCUGGUGGCAAAGAUCUGGAGAAAAUUCUCGACAAUUUUGAGGAUAAAACUCCAGCUGAAUUCACUUUAGCUAAAUAUUCAGAUAAAAUUGAUGAAUACUUCUCGGCGGGCACUGUCGAGGAAAUAGUCGACAGACUGAAGGAGGAUAAGAGCGAAUGGGCCCAGGGGGUCAUCGAUAAUCUCAGUAAAAUGUCGCCAACUUCACUAAAGUUGACCCUCAAGGCAUUCCAGAGAGGAAGAGAGAUGAGUUUGCUUGAGUGUCUGAGGAUGGAGAACAGGAUGACCUGUGCUGUUUACAGAAAAGAUAGUGACUUUCACAGGGGUGUCAGGGCCCAUCUGAUCGAUAGAGACGGCAAACCCGGGUGGAAUCCUGGGAGCCUUGAGCAAGUUCGGGAUGAUUACAUCGAGGAAAUGUUUAAAUCUAUACCGGCGUGUAGAGACUUGAGAGUUCGGCCGAAACAAGCCUAACAGAACAUGAUAAUUAAUUCUUCACCUCGGCUGAACUCAAAACCCUGGACCCAUCUGAUGAUUGAAAAGUAGCACUAGAGUGAUUUCGGUAUUUGAUUUUGUUGAUUUUACUUUACAUUUUUCGGGUAAUGCAUUAAUUACUUUCAUCUUUGAUAGUUACUGAGGGGUGGGAAACAAAAUGUAACUACCUAAGAGGGUAUACGUGUGACUGAAUAAAUAAAAAUGAAUCAAUUCUUCA